CGCACACGAUUCAGUUGUCAAACGGUGGUUAUGGAGAUAAACGUAGGCAACUGCUGUAUCUGGAGAUCAGGUACGGGAUGCCUCAUAAGAUAGGCUUCACUGUGAUCAGCUGGUCUGGUCAUGAAGGAAACUACAAUGCCAAAAAGCUGAUGGUCCACGCGCCCACAGUCAAUGGCUGGAGAUCCACCAGGUUCUGUCCAUUUCCUCAGGAAAUCAUAUUGCAGUUGGUCGAGAGAUGUCGCAUCCGGAAACUCCAGCUACUGGCCCAUCAGUACCUGAUUCCUUCCAAGAUCGAGUUCCACAUAGGAGACAGACUGCCGGAGUCCAGCUCGCCCCAGCAGACUCACAGUCUUCACAGAUUGGGGUAUGUGUCCCUCUCUGACAACGAGAAGACGGCUUUCAGAGCCAGAGAGCUGAAGUCUGUUCAUGUUGAUGCUGUUGGGUCUUACUUGAAGCUCACUUUUCACAGAAACCAUGUUAAUCAAUACAACAUCCACAAUCAGGUUGCCUUGGUGGCCCUAAAUAUCUUGGGUGACCCUGUGGAUGGAAAUGACACUGGGACGGCACUAAGCAGAGAUCAACUGAUCGAUAAGUACCUAAACAGCAGCCAAUACAGCUCAGCUUUGGAUGGCACAUACACUGGGCUCUCAAGUUAUAAAUGCGAUUCUAUCUCGCCACUCGAUGACUUGGCGUUUGACAUGUAUCAGGACCCUGAGGUGGCCCAUAUCAUUCGUCUGCUGGACCAGAAAAAACAGGACAUGGUUCGAGAGGAAAGAUUUGAUCUGGCCAAAAACUCAAACAAGCUAUAUCGAGACCUGCAGAAGGUGGGUGAGCGUUUGGGCCGGUAUGAUGUGGAGAAACACAGUGCCAUAGAACGAGAGGACUAUGACACAGCCAAACAGAAAAAGGAACAAAUGGAAGCUUACAGGCUCACAGUCUACCAUCAGCUGGAGCUCCAUGACCUGUUAGACAUCAGUCAGAUCCACAGAACGUCUGAGCUUUCCAUCUCAGAUUUUUCCUCUCCACGUGUUGGGACACAGAAAGACACGCCACAUCCAGCAGACUCACCCAGAAAGAGAAGACAGAGGCAACAUGUGAAGGAGACAGGCAGGCAUGCCAUUUCAAAAACUGCUAGCCCCAAACAUACAGUCGCCUUAACACCUCUCACUCCUCCUCACGUCCCCAAGCUCGAUAUUAGUUCCCUUCCUUAUGAUGAGAGGCCUUUACCAGCACUUAAAAAGAGGUCGAGUGAUCAGCCAAUCAGCGAGCUUGAUAAAAUACACCCUGUGACAGGUACAACCACCCCACGUAGUCCUGGAGCCUCGGGACAACCAGAACCGCUCACAGAGAAAGCUCAGAGAGAGGCCAGUCUGUCCAUCGACAUCUUUGGAGACAAUCUGGUGGCAGGGGCCUAUUCCAAGACGUGGUCCUACAGGGAAGAUGCUUUGCUGGUGGUCUACAAGAAACUGCUGGAGGUUCCACCUGGAACCCCGAAAGCAGAAUCAUGGAGCAUGAAAGCAGCAGUGUUUCUCUGCAAGAAAGCUCUCACAGAUAAAGUGUCAUCUGUGUUUCUUGCAUCUCUGAAUCUGCUUCGAAUGAUUCUGAGUGAGUUUAUUCCUAACCAUCAGCUAGGCAAAUCUGAAAUCAAUCACUGUGUGGAACAGACUUGGAAUAAUCUGCUGUCCAGGACUGGAGAAUCAACCCCGAGAUUGAGAACACUCGCUAUUACCUUCAUACAGGAAAUGGCUUUGUUUAAGGAGGUGAGAGCUCUGCAGAUGGUUCCUGUGGAGCUUGUGAGGCCCAUGCAGAGCACUGUACCCACUAGACUGGCUCUGAGCAGGCUGGAACUGUUGGAGAAGCUUCUAGAACAGCUGGGCACCAAGGACUCUGGCUUCACCCUCGACAACAUCAUGCGGUUUCUGGCAGGUGGAUUGGAGCACAGCGCUGCCUCGGUGCGAGAACUUUCUGUGAGAGUCGUCCAGGCUAUGUACCGUCUUCAUGGAAAAGCAGUAUUGAAUUUUCUGCCACCCGAUGACACCAGCACACGUAAAAAUGUCCUCUACAAGAACCUUUUUGACUCACUCGCCGCGAUAGAUGGAAACGCCAUCGACACGCAGAAGCCAAAAAAAGGAGCAGAAAAAGAAGAUGGUGAGAAAGAAAAAGAGGAAAUCAGAAGCUUGCAAGAGCAGCUUGCAGUACUGAAGGAGAUCAGCGAGAAAGGGAAGGAAAAUACCAAAGUACCUGAGAAAAAAGCUGAGAAGUCAGUCAAAUCAGCAGGUGUUAAGAAGGUAAACCAGUCUGUUCCUGCCGAUGCAAAAGGAAGCCAACCAUCUGUAGCUAACUACUUAGACAAUCUGUGUAUUUUCUGUGGAGAGAGAGAUGAGUCGUUUACAGAGGAUGGGCUCGACCUGCACUAUUGGAAACAUUGCCCGAUGCUGCAGCGCUGUCUUCAGUGCAGACAGGUGGUGGAGAUUGCGAGCCUGACGGAGCACUUGCUGACUGAAUGUGAGCGGAGGGCGGAUUUCACCCAGUGUCCUCUCUGCUCCGAAGCGCUCACUCGACAUAAGCUGACUGAGCAUGCUCGAAGCGCAGCUUGCAAUCCACCAACUUCUGUAGAAAACUGCAAUCAUUGUCCUCUCUGCCAUGAAAACUUUGCCUCAGGGGAAGAGGGCUGGAAGUCUCACCUCAUGGGAAUCGAGGGUUGUAAACAGAACUCACGGAGGAGAGCGGCACAACAGAGCAGACCCCCACACGCACAAGGUAAGGACGACAACAAUCACAUCCGAGUCCAAGCCUCGAGGUCUGGGCAGAGGCAGUCGCAUCCCUGCUCCAGCUUCCAGGAUCAACAGACGCACCAGAAUUCUUCCAGGCAAGGCCUCCAGUCACCGACUACAACAGGCAUAGCUACAUGCUACCUCUAGUAGCUUUGCUAAAAUAAUCAAAAAAAACUCACACAAAUCUACUUUAUAUCAGGUUUCAAAUGAUGCAUUAUUGCUGUACUGAUUUAGAAAUAAAUCUAGACAGCAUCAUUAUUGUCUUUGACACCUGAUAUAAAAUGUACCUAUUAAUGAAUGUAAAAGA